AUGUCCAACGAAUCGGUCUCGAUCGGCCUUGAGCAUCUGUCGGCAACCUCGGCCGAGGAUCUGAUGAUGCUGGCCCGCCAAGUCGGCUAUGGCUUUGUCGUCUGCGAUCUAUUGCAUCCCUCAGUCCAGCGGAUCAGCCCCAGCGCCCCUGAGGAUUGCAGUGGCGGCCCGGUAGCGCACCCUGGCGAUCCGUUUGCACCUGGCGAUUUGAUUAUCGACAACACAGCUCGAGCACUGAAGCUGAAUAUCGCGUCUGCUCCUCCCGCCAAAGAGUGGUCUUCGUACAUCGUGGGCGCCCAUUCGUCAUGGGUUGAUCUGGACUCGUCCGAUCCCGUCGUUCGCAGCAACUCUGAGAUUCUGCUCGCGCAAGAGGCUCAGUGGGCCACGCACAUCGGGCUUGCCGCUGUCCAGCUGAGACUCCCCGUCGGCGAUGCCAUGGUCAAUUUUGGCCGGACCGCAAGCCAUAUGCUCGAGCUCCUAUCCUUCUCGACCUUAUGGAUCCGUGUGCCCAUCGAUUCACAAGCGAAUCCGCCCGCAAUCGACGAUGCCAAAUCAGAUCUCGCAGACUCGUGGCGCAAAUGGAACCUUGUACGAAGUCUUUGUGAUAGCGAUCCAAAACUGGGAGUCGCGCUCGAGCUCCCUUCUGAUCUUCCCGCUCAGGCGUCGCUGAAUCGGUGGUUUUCGGAGCCAGUAAAGUGCAUUGUUCUACCAACAAGCAUCUUUCUCAUCAACAAGAAGGGAUAUCCCGUUCUCCCAAAGAGCCACCAGAUGUACAUCAAGCAAUGGAUGAAGUAUAAUGUCCAAUUUGUGAUCAGCACGCCCUCCGACGUCGUCACAAGCGAAGGCGGUCUCGGGGCGUUCCAGCAAUACCUGCAUCAUCUGGCAAGCACACUUCCGGAGCUGGAUCAUGUCGAAAAGCUCUCUGCGGGCUAUCAAGACUUCCUGCAAGCCCCGCUCCAGCCACUCAUGAACAAUCUGGAGUCGUCGACCUAUGAAGUCUUUGAGAAAGAUCCUGCAAAGUACAACGCCUACGAGAAGGCGAUCCACCAAGCUCUGCUCGACAAGAUCCCAGGAAAUCCAAGAGAGUCUAUCGUCGUAAUGGUCGUUGGAGCCGGUCGAGGGCCCCUGGUGGACUGUGCUCUCAGAGCAGCCGAGGCCGCUGGCCGAAAGAUUCGCGUCUAUGCCCUCGAAAAGAAUCCGAAUGCCAUUGUCAUUCUGAGACACAAGCAGCAGAUGCAGUGGAGGAACAAAGUUGAGGUCGUGCACUCCGAUAUGCGGUAUUGGAGUUUCCCCGAAAAGGCCGAUAUCCUCGUUAGCGAGUUACUUGGCUCCAUCGGCGACAAUGAGCUCUCGCCGGAGUGUCUGGAUGGCGCCCAGCGUUUUUUGAAAUCCGAUGGCAUUUCUAUCCCCUCACAGUACAUUUCGUAUAUUGCGCCCGUGGCCUCAUCGACGCUCUACAACGACGUGAGACAGCUGAAAACGCAGACUCACCUGGAAACGCCCUAUGUCGUCAAGUUCAAGGCCGUGACCGAGCUCGCCCAGCCUGUAGCAGUCUGGCGGUUCGACCAUCCCAACUGGAGCUUUGUGGACAAAACUGGUACACCGUACUUUAAUCGACACAACCAGCGCUAUGCACACUCUUCGUUCUAUAUCGAAGAGAACUCGAUCAUGCAUGGCAUCGCUGGGUACUUUGAAGCGUAUUUGUACAAGAAAGUAAUGAUCAGCAUCCACCCCAAAACACACACGCCUGAGAUGUUCAGCUGGUUCCCGUUGUUUUUCCCCCUCAAGACACCCGUCUAUCUCCAUGCCGACAGCACGGUGGACAUUCACUUUUGGAGACACUGUGACAGCCGCAAGGUGUGGUAUGAGUGGUCCGUCAUUCCCUAUCAAUCCAACGGCCUGAAGAACGAUCCGAAGCGACUCGGCAGUGCGACAGCAAGCGGCACAUCGGCAAUCCAUAAUUUUGGGGGUCGGUCGUCGUGGAUUGGACUUUAG